AUGAGAGCAGCUGCACGGCUCUUCGCCAGCGUCAAGCCCGGCCAGUUCCUCGAGGCCGGCGCCCCCACGGGUCUGACAGGCCUCCUCACACACCCGUCACCGCGCUCGACCCUGCUGCACCACUACACCUCGACCCUCGACAAGCUCAAGCAGAUCCCCGAGUCGUCCGUCUACCGCCAGUCCACCGAAGCCCUCACCAAGCACCGCCUCGCCAUUGUCGAACAGUCCAAGCCCGCAGGAUGGGAGGAGUGGGAGGACAAGAUCAAGGCGCAGAUGGAAAAAGACCCAGGUCUUGUGAAGCUCAUCAAGCACACAAGCGGCGGCGCGACUCUGGUCCUCCCAAGGGUCCAGGAAGUCGAUGAGCGCUCAACCAUGGCAGAGUGGGACGGAGAGGUCGUGCAGUCAUUUCCAGAGGGCAUCCGCUCUGCAAAGGAGCGUCUGCCCCACGCCAAGAAAAUGAAGGGCGACGUCAACUACAGCCCCGAGCGAGUCUUCUCGCAAGUCAAGUUUGACCCGGAGCCGCAGUACACCACUGAUGCACUGAAGGGCCAAGCUGACAUGGUGCACAGGAUAUCUGAUCUGGAGAGCAAGCUGGGAGCUGGUCUGAUCGAAGAGGUCAUCCAGGUCGCUGAGGGCGAGCACAAGUUGGUCGAUGAUAUGAUCAAGAGCAAGGUCUGGGAGCCACUCGAGGAAUCUGCACCAGAAGGCCAGUGGUCAUACUUUGAGCGCAACACACACACAGGUACUACUUAG